CUUAUUUAUUCUCUUGGUCCAUGUUCGAGUCUCUUUGAUUUAGAUUUAGUGUUUUAUCUUGUUUCCAUGAGUUAUUACGGCAUUUGGAAGCCGUAUGCAAGCCAUGUAGCUACUUAUUGUUUCGCACCCAUCUUUUAUUCUAUUCAAUUGCAGGAACAAUUAUGGAUGCCAUUUCUGACGAGGACCGAAAAAUCCGUCUUCGGAAAUUGGAGGAAAGGAUUCAAGAUCCUCGAAGUGUUGCAAAUGUAGACUGUUUGCUGGACAUGGUGCAAGCCCUCGUUGCAGACUGUGAUUAUCCAGCCGUUAAACGGAUGAAAAACAUUGAAUCCUUUAUGCAACGUUAUGAUUCUGUUGCCGGUGACAUAGAAAAUUUACGAAUGAAACCAGAUGACUUCCAGGUGUUAAAAAUAAUUGGACGCGGGGCUUUCGGUGAAAUCCAAUUGGUAAGGCACAAGUACACUAAAAAGGUAUAUGCCAUGAAAUUGCUGAAUAAAUUUGAUAUGAUUAAGAGAUCAGACUCAGCUUUUUUUUGGGAAGAGAGAGAUAUAAUGGCACACGCUAAUUCAGAAUGGAUUGUUCAGCUUCAUUUUGCAUUCCAAGAUCAUAGAUAUCUGUACAUGGUCAUGGAUUAUAUGCCUGGAGGCGAUCUUGUAAAUUUAAUGUCAGACUAUGAUGUACCUGAAAGUUGGGCUCAGUUUUAUUGCGCAGAGGUUGUCAUGGCAUUAGAUGCCAUUCACUCUAUGGGGUUUGUUCACAGGGAUGUUAAACCAGAUAAUAUGCUACUAGAUAAGCAUGGCCAUUUAAAAUUGGCAGAUUUUGGCACGUGUAUGAGGAUAGAUUCGGAUGGACUCGUGAGAUCAGAUAGAGCUGUAGGAACCCCUGACUAUAUAUCUCCGGAAGUUCUCGUAUCUCAAAGCCAAGAAGGUAUCUAUGGACUUGAGUGUGAUUGGUGGUCUGUUGGCGUGUUUCUGUAUGAAAUGUUGGUCGGAGACACACCAUUUUAUGCGGAUUCUCUCGUAGGCACCUAUAGCAAAAUUAUGGAUCAUCAAAAUCAGUUACAUUUUCCACCCGAAAUAGAAAUUAGCAAAAAUGCCAUGAGUUUAAUCCGUGGACUAUUGACUGAUAGAACGCAGAGACUUGGUCGUAAUGGGGUGAAAGAAAUUAAGAAUCAUCCAUUUUUUAAAAAUGAUGCAUGGACUUUUGAGAAUCUCCGGGAAUGUGUUCCACCUGUAGUUCCAGAACUAUCUGGAGAUGAUGAUACAAGUUAUUUUGAUGAUGUCGAAAAAGAUGAAAGUCCUGAAGAAGGUUUUCCAGCGCCUAAAGCAUUUGCAGGCAACCAUCUACCAUUCAUUGGUUUUACGUAUUCAAGAGAUUAUCAACUUCUAGGCAGUGAAAAAAGUGAAAAGAUUCCUUACACUAGUGACAUGGUGGACAAUAGUAAACUAAACCAGAAUCAUGUUGGUGUUCAUAAUUUCGAACUAGGCAAAAAAAUUAGAGAAGUAGAAGACUUAGAGGGAAGAUACAAUGAGUUAAUAGAACAAUUAAAACAAAUCUCAAUGUCUGAAGCUUUACUUUCUGAGGAGAAUAGCAGAUUAGAAAAAUCUCUAACAAUUCUCAAACAUGAUUUAAAAGAGCAACAAAGGAAGGCGGAAAUUGAGAUGGAGGGGAAAAGAAAAAUGGAAUCGUUAUUACAGGAAUUGAAGCGAAAAUUAGAAGAAGAACAAAAUAAAAUGACAAGAGAGUUGAACAACAACCAGCAAGUUAAUGACAAGAUAAACAACUUACAACGACAGGUUUCAGAAAUUCAAGAAAAAUUCAAGACUGAAGCGGAAGGAAGUUCUCGCCUGAGAAAACAAAUUUCAGAGCUAACAGUUGCCAAAACAGCCAGCGAGCAACUAGCAAAUGAGAUGCAAAGUCUCAAUACCUCGCUCCAAAACCAAAGAGAAGCCUUGCAACAGGAAGUUGCCUCCUUGCAAGGUCAACUCUCCCAAGAGAAAAGUUCACGGAUUCAGGCAUCUGAUCUGCAUAAGGAACUUGAGGAGCGAUUGAUAAAACUUCAUGGAGAUUUAGACCGAGGAGAGCUGAGAGAAAGCAAAUUAGCAGAAGACAACAGACAGAUGAACGAAAAAAUAUCAUUUCUGGAGAAAGAGUGUGUCUCUCUGCGCUCUGAGUUGAAGGCAUCCCAGAAUAGAUAUCAACAAGAAGUAAGAGCACAUGAAGAAACAGAGAAGAGCCGACUCGUCAGUAAAGAAGAGGCAAAUCUUGAAGUUGUUAAAGUUCGAAUGGACUGCAUUUUUCGAGCUCUGCAAGCUAAAUUGAAUGAAGAAAAAAGUGCAAGGCAAAAGUCUGAUCUUACGUGUCAGGAGAAGGAACGUCAAAUGUCAAUGUUAUCAGUUGACUAUCGCCAAAUUCAACAACGAUUGCAAAAACUAGAGGGAGAGCAUCGUCAAGAAGUAGAUAAGAGCAAAACAUUACAGGCUCAAGUAGAACAAGAGCAGAUGAAAAAAUCCAGUCUGCAGUCCGAGUUAGGCUUUCAAACAUCAGAAGUAGCGCACUUGAAAGCAAGAGAGGCUCAACUCACUGUAGAAGUGAUGGGCUUGAGGGAAAGCAAGCGUAUCAUCGAUGAAGAACUUCACAAACUCAAAACCCAGCAUUCAGUGGACAACCUUCAAAUGAAAGAACUUCAAGACCAAUUUGAAGCAGAGAACUUUUUCUCGAAAUUGUACAAGACUCAAGCUCAAGAACUGAGAGAAGAAUUAGAUGAGAAAAAUAAAGCUAUUGCUGAGUUAGAAGAAGAAAGAAGCUCCAUCACCCACCAGCUGCAGAUAGCAUUGGCAAGAGCAGACAGCGAAGCUCUGGCCCGAUCUAUCGCCGAAGAAACAGUAGCAGAUCUUGAGAAAGAAAAAACUAUUAAAGAAUUGGAACUCAAGGAUCUACUAGCUAAACACAGAGUUGAUAUCUCGUCCAAAGAUAACUGUCUCUCAUCGAUCAAAGAAAAAGAACUAGAAUUGAAGAGAACUGUUGAGCAACUCAUGAAAGAAAAAGAAGAGUUAAGUAUUCAAAUUAACAAGAUGCAUGAAGAUUCACAGCUCAUCAAAGGUGAUGAAUUAGAAAAGUUGCACAAGCAGCUGAAAACAGAGCAACUAUUGAAGGCACAGGCUGUCAACAAACUGGCUGAAAUUAUGAACCGUAAGGGAAUGAGCACAACAAGUAAUAAGAUCAAAGUUUCGACUUCAGUUCUGAAAAAGAAAGAAAAAGAGUGUCGCAAGCUCCAACAAGAACUUACACAAGAGCGAGAAAAAUACAAUCAGAUGGUUGACAAGUUGACGAAGGACUUACAAGAACUGCAGGUUCAGUUCGCAGAAGAAAAUUCAAGUAAGUUAAGACUUCAGAUGGAAUUAGACUCCAAAGAGUCUGAAAUAGAGCAACUUCAGGGAAGAUUAGCUACACUAGGUGGUGAGACAGCUUCACUCAGCAGCGCUGAUAAUGAAAAUGAUGAAGUGUACAUGCAAGAUAGUCGACUGGAAGGCUGGUUGUCAGUACCCAACAAACAGAACAUUAAAAGGCACGGCUGGAAGAAGCAGUAUGUUGUUGUCUCCUCCAAAAAGAUCAUUUUUUAUAAUUCUGAAAAUGAUAAACAAAACACUGAUCCAGUCCUCAUUCUUGAUCUCAGCAAAGUUUUUCAUGUGCGCUCUGUCACGCAAGGUGAUGUCAUCCGUGCAGAUGCGAAAGACAUUCCUCGUAUAUUUCAGCUACUGUAUGCUGGAGAAGGUGAAGCACGAAAACCAAACGAAGCAUUAGAUCAAAGUACUUUUAGAAGUGAUGAAAAACCUGGCACAGUUAUGUUCAAGGGUCAUGAAUUCCUUCAAAUUUCUUAUCAUAUUCCAACAAAUUGUGAGGUUUGCUCAAAACCAUGUUGGCAUAUGCUGAGACCUCCUCCUGCUAUGGAAUGUAGACGUUGCCGCAUCAAAGUGCAUAAAGAUCAUCUUGAUAAGAAAGAAGAAGCAGCCAUUGCACCCUGUAAAUUACACUGUGAUCCUAACUCUGCCAAAGAACUUCUCAUCCUAGCUUCAAAUACUGAUGACCAAAAACUUUGGGUACAGAGGUUAAGCAAGAAAAUUCAGAAGUGUGGUUAUAAAGCGAACAAUUUUGAUGGUGCCAAAGUAUCGCCUAGGGAAUCGACUAGGACAACUCUCAAACCAUACUCAUCAGCACAGCAAAGAUCAGCAACACUUCCUGCCAAGUGAGAUUCCAGUUUUGAAAGAAUUCGGUCUCGUAAAAAGGGACUUUGCAAGUAGGCAAAUCUUACAUGAGCCUCUAGAUUUCAAACAUUGAAUGUUAUUGGAAGGUUUUUGCAUAUUUCUGAGAGGAUUUAUCUUUUAUACUUAACUACGAAAGUUCCUGGACUUUUGCUGGGGUAUUUUAUAACAUAUAAAGACUGCUCUUUUUCACAAUGAUAUGAAUGAAAAUGAUUGAUUUAUCUCUAAAUUUUAAGAUCACCUCUCAUAGUAAAAGGUGCUCAAUAUAUUAUUGUGCCAGUCUCAUUGCUACUCUCAUUAACUCUGCGUUAGUGUUGUACGUUUUAAAAAAAAAUUGUGUACAUAUUCCUGUGUAUUCAGUUUUCUUAUAUUUUUCUACGGAACUUUUUAUCAGCGCUGUAAUUUUAAAUGUAGAAUUAAUUUUAAUUUACAGCGUGCAAGCCCGUUUAUCUAAACGUAAUUUAAGAUUAAUUUCAAAGCUUGAUUACCAUUUUGUGAUGAAGUUACCCAAUUAUUUAGCUUGACGUCAAAGAAUUUCUGUUUUAAUGUAGCAGUGUAUCCUGUUCAUGUACUAAGAUAGUAUAAUUGUGGAACUAAUUUUAUUUAUUAAUUUUUUUUUUUAAAAAAAAAUAUGAAUCUCUUUUUGUAAUUUCAAGUAACAUGCAGCUGAACUUGCAUAAGCAACUUACUUUUAACGGAUUGUGAAACUUCAAGGCCAGCAACCCAAAACAAUGUCACCAGUAUCUGUCUUUCUAUCUGAAAUUGAUAGAAACAUCUGCUUGUCCAAGAAAAUGUAGAGCAAUUUGUCAAACUUUAACAUUUAAGUAAUACCAAGCCUUUUGGCUCAGCUGCCCAUAGCUACAAGUGGGAACAUUUUCCCUAAGUAAACUUCCUCAGUGGGCACUCGCCCAAUGCUUGCUAUUGAUUUUCUUGUCUAGCAUGGUCAUUCGUUUGAUAGCAGUUACUGAAUAGGUUUUUAGUCUACUACUGUUUAGUUUUUGUCUCUUUGCCUUCAGACAGAGCUUCUGUUCAGUAGUAUGUCAUGGCAUUGCUAGUUGAACCCUAUUCCACCCUUGAUGAUUUCCUUCAGAGAGACUUCUUAGUAUUAUAAUGUCUUUUAAUAAUAUCUAUGCUUUUGGAUUAACAUUGACAGCAUAUUUUGUCAGUGGAAAAAAAAUUAAUGUCAGCAUAUUAGCAUAAUAAAUUAAUGUCAGCGUAGGAUAUUCUAACCCCAAAAAAAUAUUUGGAUAACUUCAAGUUACCUCGAUCUCCCGGGGCCAAAACUCUCUGUUUGAGUACUAGGAAUAAUGAAAACUCUGUACGUAAGAAUAUCUCUCAAAUAACCUUGAAAUAUUUUUAGGCUGCCCUCGUGCUAAAAUUGACAAUACCUGUUUCUAAGUAUCUUAAAAAAAUAAAUAAAAAAAAAAUUGCUAAAAAUAUUGUUGCCGACAGUUGAUGUCACACAUUUUCAGUAUAUUUUUUUAAAAUUUUAUACGAAAGAAUUUUUAAGAUAUUGUAGUGCAUAUUAUUGGAAAGCUUGUAAACAUGUUUGUAAAAUAUUUUUGUAAUUAUAUUGGUAAAAACAUUGAAAAUAAUUUUAAAAAUUCUUUUGUAUUUAUACUGUAAUCAAGAACAUCCUGGCAAUAUUGAAAAUAUUUUUUGAAGAAAAUAUUGCUACUGUAUAGGGUCUCUGCCAUGCAUUACUGCAAAUGUAAUAUAAAUUAUAUGGACCAGUAUCGAACCGAAAAACCUCUUCAAAAUGACAAUUUCAUCGGAAUAUUCCUGGAAAAGGAAUUUUUCAUUUCGGGUCUGUCUUAUAAUACAGGGUGUCC